UCAGCUCUCCCUGGCUCGUCAUGGAUGAAGUCUCUACAUGGUCAGCAGCCAGGACUCUUGCAAAGGCGCAAAGAUUGCUUGAAGUCAAAGAGGAACAAAUACUAGGGAGGGAGGAAUACCACUGAAAAAGGAAUAUCCACAUCCCUGGAGCAUGCGAGCAACAACGUACGGCGUUUGGCUCUGCGCUAGGCUUAGCGCCUGUGAGAGGGGCAGUUUGCCUUGGGGCCUGGGACGUGAAAGGAGAGGGCAAAAAGAUGUAAGGUGCAGUCAGAGCUUCUUAAAGUCACGUGCGUAUUGCAUGGCAGCCUAUCCAGCUAAACUGGGAAAAGGAAUCAAAGGAAACCUGACUGGAGAUGUUUGAAACGGGUGCGGGUUUAGCUCUGAGGCACGCGGGGACUGUAUUGCCGUAGGCUGGGCCAAGGAGUUGUUACAGCUCACACGUGUGCGUAUGGUUGCCUGGUACCUGGGCCUGCCUUAUUUUUGUGUGGCUUCAGCGUUGUGCUUGUCCAAACCCCCCACCUUCUGUUGCAGUCCUGAAGUGAGAGGUGCCAGUCUCUUCUCCUCGGUCAUGAAACGGGUCCUUGACUGGCCGGGGAAACCUGUUCUGAAUUCCUGUGGCACCUGGCACUGCUCGCCCUGAGCUCGCUCUCUCGAGCUAACGGGAAGUUACUGGCUUAACUUCGGCACGUGAUGCAUCUGUAAAAGGGAAACCACCAGGGGCUGAAACACCACUCGAUUUAUGACUGAGGCUUCCCCUUGCAGUUCGUCUGUGGCAGCAGCUGGUAACCUACAUGAAGACCUUUUUGCCUUUCCCGAGACUUGCACCAGCUAAAUAGGUUUAGAAGAGGGUGCCACAAUGGAAGACGUGUACUUGGCGUCCGUGGAGACAGACCGAGGCGUUAAGGAACAGUUACGGCUUUAUGACACCAGGGGUCUGCAGGAGGGCGUAGAGUUGCCAAAGCACUACUUCUCUGUCGCUGAUGGCUUCAUUCUCGUGUAUGCCGUGACCAGCCUCGAAGCCUUCCAGAGAGUUGAACUGCUCAAAAAAGAGAUCGAUGUCUUUAGAGAUAAGAAGGAGGUAGCAGUUAUCGUCUUGGGAAACAAAACCGACCUGCUGGAGCAAAGACAAGUGGAAACAGAAGCGGCACAGCAAUGGGCCAGGGCUGAGAAAGUGAGACUGUGGGAAGUGACUGUGACAGACCGGAAAACGCUGCUUGAGCCCUUCACCUUCUUAGCCAGCAAGCUCUCCCAGUCCCAGAACAAAUCAACGUUCCCCUUGCCUGGAAGGAAGAGCAAAGGGAAUAACUGUGAUAACUAAGCUACCUUUAAGCUACCUGUCUGCUGCUGCUGCCAGGUGACAGCCUAAAUCCUAUCUCUGCCUUUAGCUUCACAUGGUUUCACUUAAAGCAAUAAUCUCAUUCAGCAAUAAAAUCAGCAAGCUUAUGGCUAAGAGGUAUCCUUGAAAAAGUCACUGAUGGCAAAAGCCUUGAAAAACCCUUAGUGCUAGGAGUCACCUUCCAACAGGGGUGAGCGGGGGGGGAGCAGGGAGGGCAAGAGAGGCAGGUGGUCACCCCUUCAGCAGGGGCUUUGACUGUCCCUUGGUAUGGCCAUAGUGAGGAACACUCCUCCUGCAGAUCCGUAGCCUCUUGUCACAAGCAGUACUAGCUGCAAUGAAGCUUUAAAUUUGGAGAGAGGGUAUAUUUGAAACGGCAACAGGCCUUUUACCUUGACCUUAACCAGGGAGCCCCCUGGCCACAGGGGUUUUUGAUGCUGCAGGAGGCUCAGGUCAGGGUGUUGUUGCAGGAAUGCUAGGGCAAGAGGAAGAAAUACCAGCAAAUUUAGCUGCUGAAGCUCUGGUAGUGUCU